UGCUGAAAUGUAUAUCAACCUUCUCUAUUUAAUGUGCUCAUCCACCUAGCUUCCUUAGUAAUAGGAGAGCCUUGUUCGAUUUAGACAAACAUCUCCCGUCUGUUUCCUUCCUAACUUCUCAUGACAUUCUAACUUCUGCCAAACGUGCAAGUAACCGCGAGCUCGAAGCCCCUAUGUUAAUUACGCACAAUGGGCAUUGGCGGUGCAUUGAAAAACGAGCAGCAGAGGGCUUACUUGGUUGUAGCAGUUGUUUUUACUCCACUAUCAAUCCUGGCCGUCAUAUUGAGGUUCUGGGCUAGCAAUCGUGCCGGCCGAAAGCCUCACGUCGAGGACUGGCUUGCCCUACUCUCGUUGGCAAUCUACCUCGUGUUCGGCAGCGUGAACCUAGUCGAUGCUAAGGUCGCAAAUGGCCGGAAUGCGUUAGUCCUCAUCAACACACCAGAAGACUUCACCAUCGUACGCAAGCUCAUCUAUGCAGCGCUCUGGACCUACCUAUGGCAGCAGCUAUUCGCCAAAUUCAGUAUCAUAGCCCUAUACCGCCGACUUUUCUGGGUCAGGCCGAAGUGUUUAUGGUGCAUCAACGCCUUAAUCGUCUACCACGUAGCAUGGAUUGUGGUGGUCAGCUUUAUGUUAGGCUUCCACUGCCAGCCUCUCGACAAAUUCUGGAACCCCUGGCUCCCCGGCCACUGUAUCCAAGAGGGCACAUUGAUUGCAGUGGUGGAGGGAAUCAACUCAUUAGGCGACUUUCUCCUUGUCGCACUCGCCGUGGCUGUCGUCCCAACUCUUCAGGUGUCCAGUGCUACUAAAAGGAAACUCAUCGUCCUUUUCGGAUUGGGCGUGCUAGCCGGCGUUAUCGGCUUUGUCAAGAUCGGCAUACCAUUUAACGACGAUGCGAUCUACGUAUUCACCAUGGUGGCCUUGUAUUCCAACGUCCAGGCGGGUGUGGGCAUAGUGUGCUGCUGCGCUCCUGUCUAUAAGCCGAUACUUCCGGCGCCCGGGUUUUGGAAGCGCCUGGGGUCAAAAGUUAGUUUUUCGAGCCUGCGGCAGAAAGCUCAUGUGAAUACGACUGUGCAAGAUCAUCCACAGUAUUGGCUGCAGCAAGGUGAUGGCAGCGCGCGAGGGCUGGUCUGGUCAGUAACGCAAGGGGACAACAUCGACUUGGCCGUGGGUGACGCAAACGGUCUUCCCAUGAACGGUAUACAUGUUCAGAGGGACGUUGAGAUUACUCGAUGAAACCUGUUGGUGCGAUAGGAGAGUUGAAAACCUGAUCGCAAGGUAAAUGAAACAACCACCAAAAUGGUACAGCGAGCGGGUGGCUCAAUA